CCAGCCUUGAACUCAGCACCACAGCUCCUCUGGUUUGAGACCGGGAGGGUGUCUGUCUCUUUCUCUCAACUUUUUCCCCUUAACUCAGGACCCCUCUCUCUGCACAUCUCUUAUCAGUGAACUUCUCACAGCUUUGCACAGCCACCUUCCUUCGGGAGGUGCUGGACAAGCCAGCUAAGAGGAAUUUAACAGGAGGAUAAUGACCAUAAGUCCAGCUUGCAGUCAUUUUACAUAAUUGAUUUUUUUUUCUUCAAAAACAAUUAUAGUGGAGUACAGCGACUUCAGCUCAGGGUGUCCCCUUUGUUUCUUCUGAAGAUGAGGAGGCAUCGGUUGUUACCGCUAUGUGCCCUUCUGGGUGUCCUGUUUGUAGGACUCCUUCCUAAACUUGAUGCUCAGGAAGAUUGUGCACAAGGGUUGGCAGCUGAUAUUUACUUUCUUGUGGAUACAUCCUGGAGUAUGAGAGAGGAGAACUAUGAACAUGUCAGACAAUUUCUAUACAGCUUGAUACAAUCACUGCACCAGGUUGGAGGGGACAGGUUUAAAUUUGCCCUUGUGCAGUACAAUAGCAAGCCUGAAACUGAGUUCCAGCUCAACAGCUACCCAACAACACAGGGAGUCCUGGCACACAUCAAAGCUAUGUCUUAUCGUGGUGGGGGCACCCGGACUGGCUUGGGCCUGGAAUUCCUGAUACGUACACAUUUGACCACUGCAUCGGGCAGCCGUGCUGUUGAAGGAGUGGCUCAGGUCGUGGUGGUGCUAACAGAUGGGCGCUCCCAGGAUGACGUGGCUGAUCCGGCUCAGGUGCUGAGGCUGGCAGGUGUGGAAGUGUUUGCGGUGGGAGUUCAGGAUGCAGUGGAGUUGGAGCUCAGGGAGAUGGCUAGCCAGCCCCAUGACACUCAUGUGUUCAGAGUAGACUCUUUCCUGUCCUUGCGGGAUAAAAUCCAAGAUUUAGUAGUGGGGCUUUGCGGCGCAGUCACCCGUUCAGGGGGUGAUCCAGUGGCAAAUGAGGCCCCUGUGGCUGGAGGAGGGACAGCACAAGAUUCAGCUGACCUAGUACUCUUAAUUGAUGGAUCACAGAACGUUGGAGCAGCAAACUUCCCCUAUGUGCGUGAUUUGGUUUUGAGAAUCAUUGAGCGCCUUGAUGUGGGCAGGGACACUAUUCGGGUGGCCUUGGCCCUGUACAGUGCCAACCCAGAAAUACAGUUCUAUCUAAAUAGCUAUGACAGCAAAUCGUCAGUCCUGGAAGCUGUGAAGGGCCUUGCCUACCCAGGGGGUGAUGAAUCUAACCUGGGCGCUGCCUUGGAAGAAGUGGCCAAAAGCCUUUUGAGCCAAACAGCUGGGGGCAGGGCAGAGGAUGGUGUGCCCCAGAUGCUGGUGGUUAUCAGUGCUGGGCCAUCCACUGAUGAUACUGGUGCUGGUGACCGGGCCCUUAAGAGGGCUGGUGUUAUCACAUUCAGCAUGAUGAUUGGUGACACUGCCGCUGCAGAUCUGGAAGCAAUUGCUACAGAUAAAAGUUUUGUCCUGUCAGCCCCUGAUUUCAGAGCAGUGGCAAGCAUGGUUGAUCAGCUGCACCCAAACAUUAUCGGGGUGGCCCAGCGCUCCAUUAUAAUUCAGAAUGUGUUCACAGAAGUCUUGACAGUUGGAAAACGAGACAUCAUUUUCCUAAUCGACAGUACAAUGGGUUCAAUAGGCAUCAACUCUGUGCGUGAAUUCAUCAAACGGUUUGUCGACAACAUGCCAAUUGGUCCAGACGAAGUUCAAGUUGGUGUGGCGCAAUUCAGCAAUAUCCCUCGACUUGAAAUGGAUCUCAAUUCCUAUGGAUCCAAGGAGGCUUUAGUUUCUGCUUUGGGCAAUAUCAAACCAAGACCUGGACAGGCAGUCAAUAUUGGAGCAGCCUUGGACUUUGUGCGGACAAACAUGCUGCGGUCUGAGAAGGGCAGUCGUAUUCAACAGGGGGUACCCCAGCUUUUACUGCUGAUGACCAGUAAAAAGUCCAGUGACAGUGUGGAAGAACCUGCUAAGGCGCUGAAACGGCUGGGUGUAUUGACUCUGGUUGCAGGCUCCAAGAAUUCUGAUGAACAGGAGCUGAAACAGAUUGCCUUUACUGACAGUGUUGUGUUCACAGUUAGGGACCUCCGUGCACUGUUUCGCAAUCCAAGGGCAAUUGUGGAUGCACUCACAACUCUAGCUGGGGUGGUGGUGACUGAAGUACCCACUGAGCCAGUGGUGGAGAUAACCACAGUGCAGACUCAAAAAGUGGUCAGAGACUUUGUCUUCCUUGUGGAUGGCUCAAACUAUAUUGGUGGCAACUGGCCCUACGUACGAGACUUCAUUAUCAACGUGGUCAACCAGCUAGACGUACGUCCUGACAGGGCCCAGAUUGGUCUCCUGCAAUUUGCUGAAAAUCCAAAAAUUGAAUUUUAUUUGAACACCUACCAAAACAGGGAAGAUGUUGUGAAUAAAAUCUCUCAAGUCAGACUGACUGGAGGCUCAGUUUUGAAUACAGGAGCUGCGAUGAAACACGCCCUCAGCAGAAUGUUUGUGCAAUCAGCUGGGUCACGCAGGAGGCAAGGAGUCCAGCAAGUUUUGGUUCUGAUCACAGGUGGUCCAGCCCAGGAUGAUGUUAAAAUCGUAGCUGAUCAGUUGGCUCUGGCUGGGGUUCUGACCUUCACAGUCAGUUCUGGGCAAGCAGACGAUGCCCUCCUGAAAACAGUUGCCUUUGUUCCAGAUUUGGCUUACCAUGACACACGCUUCUCUUAUUUACCAGCAAUGGCUGAACUAAUCAUGCCAAAGUUGAUAACAGUGGUCGGCGAUACAUCUGUUGUUAUUGAGGAAACUGAUGAAUCUGUUGUUCCUGGAGCUGAAAGGGAUGUUGCGUUCCUCAUUGAUGGUACAGACAAUGUUCGAGCAGAAUUUGCUUACGUCCGGGAUUUUAUUAUUAAAGUAAUUGAACCACUUGACAUUGGAAUUGACAAAGUCCGAAUUUCAGUGGUUCAACACAGUGAGAGGCCAACUCCAAGUUUCUACCUUAACACUUAUCAAACCAAAGAUGAAGUGAUAAGAGCUGUCAAUGGGAUGACUGCGGUUGGUGGACGUGGUCUAAACACAGGAUCUGCUCUAAGAUUCAUGAAGGACACCAUCUUGUCUGAAAGGCAUGGUAGCCGGGCUGCACAAAACGUCCCCCAGUUUCUGAUUGUAUUGAGUGGAGGCAGAUCCAGGGAUAACGUGAAAGAGCCUGCAGGUGCGCUGAAGACAGAGGGAGUCGUACCAUUUGGUGUCGGUGUCAAGGAUGCAGAUCCAAAGCAGAUUGAGGCCAUUUCACACAACCCCUCCUUUGCCUUCAAUGUGAGAGAAUUCAGUGAGCUUAGCACCAUACCACAAAGGCUUAAUAACUAUGUUAGCCUACCAAGAGAAGAGCUAAACAUCGUCCUGCGGGAAGAACAAAGUGAUGCUCCAAAAAGAGAUAUUGUGUUCCUACUGGAUGGCUCUGAUAACACAAGAAAUGGAUUCCCAGAGAUAAAAGUCUUUGUUAAGAGUAUAGUGGACAGCCUCUCUGUCAAUGAAGGCCAAGACAGAGUGUCUGUGGUUCAGUUUGCUGAUAACCCUGAGGUCAGCUUUUAUCUAAAUUCUCAUAAGAUAAAGAAUGACAUCAUAAAUGCCAUAGAUAAUUUAAGGCACAAGGGAGGGAGGCGCCUUAAUAUUGGGGAAGCUCUCCAGUUUGUGAGGCACAGUGUCUUCACUUCUUCCACGGGCAGUAGAAGACUGGAAGGAGUGCUCCAGAUGUUAAUUCUUCUAAGUAGCAAACCAUCUACUGAUAAUGUAAAAAGCCCAGCUUUUACUCUUAAAGAGCAUGAAAUUGUGUCAGUCGGAGUUGGAGUGGGAGAUGCCAACCUUUCAGAGCUGGAAAUGAUUGCCUUCAAACCUGGCUUUACAUACAAGGUCACUGAUUUCUCCAAGUUGCCCUCAAUCAAAUCGCAACUUAUUGCUGCACUGAACAUAGACACUGAGGAAACCAUGACUGGAAUUUCUGAUUUAGUAGGUAAGAAUUCGACAUUUGAAUAUAUGCCUAGAACUGGAUCCCCUCAAAGAGACAUAGUGUUUCUGUUGGAUGGGUCGGAUGACGCACGGAGUGGCUUCCCAGCAAUGAAAAGUUUUGUCCAAAGAGUGGUAGAUACACUCAGUGUUGGUGAGAACAAAGACCGUGUCUCUGUGGUCCAGUAUAGCAGAGAUCCACAGACACAUUUCAGUUUGGAAACCUACACAGAAAAACAAGAUGUUAUUGAUGCUCUCCAGCAGUUGAACCAUAAAGGGGGCAGACCCCUCAACACUGGGGCAGCUCUGGAUUAUGUGAGAAAUAAUGCUUUCGCUGACUCCUCAGGAAGUCGGCAUCAAGAGGGUGUCCCACAGAUAUUGAUUCUUUUGAGUGGCGGAAGAUCCCAAGAUGAUGUUGCAAGUGCAGCUGUGGCUCUAAAACAGGACAAAGUUGUGCCAUUCUGUGUAGGUACAAGAAAUGCAGACAUACUCGAGCUCCAAAUGAUUGCACAUAACCCUUCCUAUGCUUUCUCUGUGCCUCGGUUUGAUGAUAUUGGGAGCAUCCAUCAGCAACUUGUGUCAUUUGUAAAAAGGGUGCCUCGACAGCAGCCAAGACUAAAACCACAGAAUGUAUUAGGUUCUGCAGAUCAAACUGAAUCCAUUCAACGCGAUGUUGUAUUUUUACUGGAUUCCUCAGAUGAAAUUCAAAAUGAAUUUCAGGCAGUGCUUGGGUUUGUUGAGAGAAUGGUGGAGAAUCUCAAUGUGGACGAAAGCAACGAUCGCAUUGCAGUAGUGCAAUACAGCAGGGAACCUUCUGUUGAAUUUUUUUUGAACACAUACAAAACACAGCAGAAUAUUGUGGACAAUGUGCAAAGUCUAAGGCAUAAAGGAGGCAGACCACUAAAUACUGGUGCAGCCCUCCAGUAUGUCAUGGAUAAUGUUUUCACAGCCUCCUCUGGAAGUAGGCGUCAAGAGGGUGUCCCUCAGAUUUUGGUUCUCAUAACUGGCGGACGGUCCAGUGAUGAUGUCAGAAAUGCUGUAGAAAACUUGAAAGCAAUUGGUGUGAUGGUAUUUGUGGUGGGAACUAAGAAUGCAGAUACCCUUGAAAUUCAGUCUAUUUCACAGGAAGCCAGUCAAGCUUUCUUUGUAGCAGAUUCCAGUGAUCUUUUAGGCAUUGAACAACAAAUAUUUUCUGCCACCAAGAAGGGUGAAACAGCUGCUAUCAAACCAGAAUCAUAUGAUCCCAGUGGAAGAGAUGUUGUAUUUUUGCUUGAUGGUUCUGAUGAUUCUCAGCAAAGAUUUCCAGAUAUUAAAGACUUUGUUCAGAGAGUGGUGGCAGACCUAAACAUUGAUGCAAACAGAGAUCGUGUGGCUGUGGUUCAGUACAGUAACACAGCAGAAAUGAACUUUAACUUGAGACGCUACAAAACAGAGGAUGAUGUCCUUGAUGCAGUAAGAGAUCUAAGUCACAAAGGAGGUUAUCCUCACAAUAUUGGAGCAGCUCUCCAGUAUGUGAGGGACCAUGUAUUUACUUCCGAGUCAGGAAGUAGACUCCUGGAGGGGGUUCCCCAGAUACUCAUACUACUGAGUGGUGGAAGAUCUGGAGAUGACAUAAGAACCCCGAUAAGAAUGCUGAAGGAAAUUGGCGUGAUCUCAAUUGCCAUUGGGACAACUGAUGCUGACACCCUAGAUCUACAGACAAUAUCUCAUGAGCCCAAUUAUGCACUCUCUAUUACUGAUUAUGAGGAACUUCCUACUGCUAAAAAGGAUGUAUUGUUAUUGUUAAGAGAGGCUUCACACCAUACAGAGUCAUCAUCUGCUCCCACAAGGGGUUUUGGUAAGAUUGCAGAUUCUUUGAAAAAUGAUGUAGUGUUUCUUAUUGAUGGGUCAUAUGACUCACGAAAUGGCUUUGAGAAUAUACGUGGCUUUGUAGAAAAAAUUGUUGAAAGUUUAAAUCUAGGUGAGAACAGAGACCAAGUGGCUGUUGUUCAAUACAGCCGCGAUGCCACAGUCAAUUUCUACUUGAAUUCCUAUUCAUCCAAGAGUGAUGUUCUCAAUUCCAUUAGAACAAUGAGGCACAAACUGGGACGACCCCUCAACACUGGCAAAGCACUGGCAUUUGUCAGAGAUUAUGUUCUUGCUGCUUCAGUUGGAGGCAGACGUGCAGAAUCAGUCCCUCAGUAUCUGUAUGUAUUCAGUGGGGGGCGAUCAGGGGAUGAUGUCAGAGGACCAGCGCAGUCACUCAAAGAAAAUGGAAUAAAGACUUUUAGUAUUGGAACAAAGAAUGCUGAUACCUUGGAAAUGCAAACUAUUUCUUACACGCCAGCACAUUAUUUUUAUGUCCCAAACUUUAACAAUCUGCAAAGCAUAUAUCCAUCUGUAGAAGCGACACUGAGGGGCACCCAAGAAACAACUGAAUUUCCAACUGCUACUGACACCUCCACUAUCACAGAGCUAGAACUUCAGAGUGUUGAUAUUGUUUUUCUCCUUGAUGGAUCAGAUGAAAUGCGAGCAAGUGAAAGACAAAUUUUGGACUUUGUCACAGAAUUUGUCAAGCAAAUAGAAAUUGGUCCAAACAAAGUACAAGUUGCUUUAAUUCAGUACAGCACAGAGCCCAGCACUGAUUUUCUCCUCAACACAUACUCACUAAAAGACAAUGUCAUAAGACAUUUGACCAAUGUAAAACUGAAAGGAGGGUUCAGAGUGAACACUGGUGUAGCCCUUGAUUAUGUGAGGAACAGUGUGUUGACUGCUUCAUCUGGAAGUAGAGCGCAGCAGGGAGUCCCACAGAUACUGAUCCUCUUAAGUGGGAGAAAGUCACAAGAUGAUGUCUUAAGUCCAGUGGACAGACUGAGAAAGGCUGGAAUUUCCCUUUUCAGUGUUGGAGUUAAUAAUGCGGAUAGACUGGAGAUUGAGCAAUUGGCACACAGUCCUGGAGCAGAAUAUUUUAUCAAGGAGAAGUCUGACUUUAUUCUUGUGAGGCAGCAGUUGCUCUCAGCCAUUGCAUCUCACAAAAGUACUCUUAGCCCUGUUGUAGGUUCAAGCUCCAGUGUGAAUAGAGAUAUUGUCUUUCUCAUUGAUGGAUCUGAUGAUGUCAGGAGUAGAUUCUCUGCUAUACGUGACUUUGUUGCAAAAAUGGUUGACAGCUUUGACCUGGAUCAAGGAAAAGAUAAAGUUGCUGUUGUACAGUAUAGCAACAAUGCUGAGCUCAAUUUCAAUCUGAAUACUCACAACAAAAAAGAUGAUGUUCUUAAGCAUGUCACAAGCCUAAAACCAAAAGGUGGAAGGCCACAGUAUAUUGGAGCCGCACUGCAGUUUGUGCGGGAUAAUGUCUUUGUUUCAAAUGCUGGAGGUCGAUAUCAUGAAGGUGCCAAGCAGAUACUUGUCGUGUUGGCUGGUGGGAGAUCUAGAGAUUCUCCACGAGGCCCAGCAAGUAUGCUAAAGGCUGAAGGGGUCAUCACAUUUGCCAUUGGCUCAAGAUUGUCAAAUUCAGCUGAGAUGCAAGUUGUUUCCUCUGAUCCAAGUUAUGCAUACUCAGUCCCUGACUUUUUAAAUCUUCCUCGUAUUCAACAAAGUUUGAUAAGUCAUCUUACACAAGUCGGAGUUAAGGAGGAGACUAAAUCAGAGCAAAGUAAUGAAAAAGGAAGAGACAUAGUUUUUCUUUUGGAUGGAUCUGAUAAUACCAGAAAUGCUUUUUCAGACAUUCAAGAUUUUCUGUACAAAGUGAUAGACAGAUUUGACAUUGGACCAAAAAAAGACAGAGUUGCUGUGGUUCAAUUCAGCAAUCUGGCACUAGCCAAUUUCUUUUUGAAUUCUUUCAUGAGGAAGGAAGAUGUCCUAAGUGCUGUCAGAAGGCUCUCACAUAAAGGCGGAAGACCUCUCAAAAUGGGUGCAGCACUAAAAUAUGUGAAAGAAAAUGUAUUCACAGCUGCCUCAGGAAGCAGAUACACAGAAAAUGUGCCACAAGUUCUUGUUGUUUUAAGUAGUGAACCAUCAAGGGACAGUGUGGAUUUGUCUGUUGCUUCUCUAAAAGAAAGCAGUGUCACAAUAUUAACUAUUGGAACAAAAAACUCUGACCCCAAGGAAAUGCAGAUGAUAUCACAUGCUCCAAGUUACAGUUUAUCGGUCUCUGAAAUGGCUGAUCUUUCAAAUAUAGAAAAUCAAGUUGUUGCUGCAAUUACCGAAGAAAAACUGAAAAAUGAAACUUCAAAAACAGGCAUGAUCGGUAAGAUAUUGUACACUGUACGCGUCUCUGUGGUCCAGUACGGCAGAGAUGCAGAGGUCCAUUUCUAUCUCAACACAUACACCACCAGAGAGGAUAUUGUGGAUUCAGUCAGAGGGCUGAGACACAGAGGAGGCAGACCCCUCAACACCGGGGCAGCCCUCCAGUACGUCAGGGACAAUGUCUUUACAAACUCCUCUGGGAGUAGGCGCCUGCAAGGUGUCCCACAGAUGUUGAUCCUGCUAAAUGGCGGAAGGUCUUUUGACAAUGUAGAUACACCGGCCUCUGCUCUCAAACAACAGGGCAUCUUUGUGAUUGGCAUUGGAACAAGGAGCUCUGACAUUAGAGAGCUGCAGAAGAUAUCAUAUGACCCUAGUCUGGCCCUAUCUGUGUCUGAGUUCACUGACCUCCCCGGCAUCCAAGAACAGCUCUCCUCUGCAAUGAACACAGUGGUAGUGAGGGCCACGCCCAUGACACCAACGGUAACUGUGGAGAAAAAGCCAGUGGGAAGGGAUGUUGUGUUCUUGUUGGAUGGCUCUGAUGGUACUAGAAGUGGAUUCCCAGCUAUGCGAGACUUUGUCCAAAGAGUAGUAGAGACACUGAGCGUGGAUGACAACAAAGACCGCGUCUCAGUGGUUCAGUACAGCAGAGAUCCAGCUGUCCAGUUCUAUCUGAACACGUACACCACAAAGGGAGAGAUCCUCGACACUGUCAGAGGUUUGAGGCACAAAGGCGGAAGACCGCUCAAUACUGGAGCAGCUCUCCAGUACUUGAGGGACAAUGUCUUCACGGCCUCUGCAGGAAGCAGGCGCUUGGAAGGAGUUCCACAGGUCCUGAUAUUGCUAUGUGGUGGAAAGUCUUUUGACAGUGUUGAUGCACCAGCCUCUGCCCUCAAACAGCUGGGUGUGUUGAUCUUUGCAAUUGGAACCAGGAGCUCGGAUAGUAGAGAGCUGCAGAAUAUAUCCCACGAUCCCAGUACCGCUCUAUCUGUGUCUGAAUUCACUGACCUGCCCAGUGUCCAACAGCAGCUCCAGUCCUCCGUGGAGGCUGUGGUCAUUGACGUCACCCCAGAAUCACCAACUGUACUUGUUGACUCUGCCAAAAAGGAUAUCGUAUUCCUUCUGGAUGGUUCUGAUGGCACAAGGAAUGGCUUCCCUGCCAUGCUUGAUUUUGUUGAGAGAGUGGUAAAGAAACUUAAUGUGGGAGAAAACAACGACCGCGUCUCUGUGGUCCAGUACGGCAGAGAUGCAGAGGUCCAUUUCUAUCUCAACACAUACACCACCAGAGAGGAUAUUGUGGAUUCAGUCAGAGGGCUGAGACACAGAGGAGGCAGACCCCUCAACACCGGGGCAGCCCUCCAGUACGUCAGGGACAAUGUCUUUACAAACUCCUCUGGGAGUAGGCGCCUGCAAGGUGUCCCACAGAUGUUGAUCCUGCUAAAUGGCGGAAGGUCUUUUGACAAUGUAGAUACACCGGCCUCUGCUCUCAAACAACAGGGCAUCUUUGUGAUUGGCAUUGGAACAAGGAGCUCUGACAUUAGAGAGCUGCAGAAGAUAUCAUAUGACCCUAGUCUGGCCCUAUCUGUGUCUGAGUUCACUGAUUGUGAAACUGAAUUGUGUUUUUUCAUCCUGAAGGUUGUCAUUCAUUUGACUGAUGGUCUUGAUGCCCCAUAUGCUGAAAUGAAAAGGCGAGUUGAGGAGCUUCGGUUGUCAGGAGUGAACAGUUUCAUUCUGGUUGGGCUGGAGCGGGUGCCCAAAUUUGAGGAGGCUUUGCUGUUGGAAUAUGGUCGAGGCUUCAGGUACACUAGACUACGAGUCAACAUCAUGGACCUGGACUAUGAGCUUAUGGAAGAACUUGACAAUAUUGCAGAAAGAGAGUGCUGUGCAGUGCCUUGCAAAUGUACUGGCACCAGAGGAGACCGAGGAGCAGUUGGACUUCCAGGGUCUAAGGGAUCACCAGGAAGCCAAGGACACCCUGGAGAUGAGGGUGGACCUGGAGAGAGAGGACCUCCAGGUGUGAAUGGAACACAGGGUUUCCAGGGAUGUCCUGGGCAGAGAGGUGUCAAGGGUUCUCGUGGGUACUCCGGAGAAAAGGGUGAAUUUGGAGAAAUUGGGCUUGAUGGCAUCAAUGGAGAAGAGGGCAAAAGUGGAGUGGCUGGACCUCCAGGAGAGAGAGGAAACCCUGGCGCAAGAGGUCCCAAAGGUGCCAAAGGACAAGCAGGAGACAAAGGGGAAAUGGGAAUCAGAGGAGACCCUGGUACAAGCGGACAAGAUAAUAACCAAGCAGGACCUAAAGGAGACCCCGGUGAUGCUGGACCAGCGGGAGAGCCUGGUCAGGAUGGAAAGAAGGGAGGCCCUGGUAUCGUCGGAAGAGAGGGAGCUGCAGGCAGACGAGGCACACCUGGACAACCUGGACUUCCUGGAAAGCCAGGAGCUGAUGGUGUGGUGGGAGAGCCUGGUAUUGGAGGAUCUAGAGGUCCAGCUGGACCAAAUGGUGCCCCAGGACCCAGAGGAGAAGAUGGGAACCCUGGACCCAGGGGUCCUGGAGGUGUCCCAGGUCCCCCUGGAGACAAGGGUAGAAGAGGAGCUGUUGGCCGCAAGGGAGAGCCAGGAGAUCCAGGACCUAAGGGUGUCAUUGGACCUCUUGGCCCACGUGGAGAGCCUGGUGGAGAUGGUAGAGAUGGGUCUGGUACCAUAGGAUCAAAAGGAAGAAAGGGUGAUGUAGGCUUCCCUGGAUUCCCAGGACCAAAGGGAGCAGCUGGUGACCCUGGCAACAAAGGUGGACCUGGACCCCGAGGAAAUCGUGGACAGAGGGGUGUCUCUGGGAACCCUGGUCCACCUGGACAGAAAGGAGAGAUUGGAUAUCCUGGCCCAUAUGGUCAGAAAGGACCAAGGGGACCAGGUGUUGUGCAAUGUGACCUGGUCAAGAAGAUCAGAGAAAACUGUCCUUGCUGUUUUGGCAAGCAAGAAUGCCCACUUUACCCCACUGAGCUGGCCUUUGCCCUGGAUGCCUCUCAAAACGUUGGUCGCCCAGCUUUCAACAACAUGCGUGACACAGUCCUGCGCCUCGUCAGAGACAUCACCAUCUCAGAGAGUAACUGUCCAAGAGGAGCUCGUGUUGCUUUGACCUUGUACAACAGUGAAGUUACCACUGAGGUCCGGUUCGCUGAUGCAGUUAAGAAGCGUGCUCUAGUGCAGCGCAUUGAGGGACUGCAGACCCUACAGACAAAAAAAGAGCGCAGUUUGGAUACGGCCAUGAGCUUUGUGGCACAGAACACCUUUAAGAGGGUACGCAGUGGCUUCCUCAUGAGAAAGGUGGCAAUCUUCUUUGUUGGUGGGCCACUAAAUCAGGUACAAGGAAUUACUAAUGCAGCUCUCCGCCUCCAUGAUGCUGGAAUUGCUACUCUGUUCUUGGUCAGCCGUGAAGAAAGACAACUCACCAGAGCACUGCAGGUCAACAACACAGCUCUGGCCCAGGUAAUUGUCCUUCCCAGCCCUGGAAGUGCACAGUACAAUUCAGUCAUCCAAAAGGUUAUGAACUGCCAUGUUUGCUUAGACAUCUGCUCUCCAGACCCAAUGUGUGACUAUGUGCCCCCAUCGACUAGCCGAGACAGGAGGUCUUCCGCCACAGACGUGGACAUUGACAUGGCUUUCAUCUUGGACAGUUCUGAGUCUACCUACCCAACUGUCUUUACUGAGAUUAAACGCUACAUAGCACAGAUAGUGGAACAUCUACAAGUGUCUUCAAAUCCCACAUCUUCCAUUCACCAGGCCAGGGUGUCUGUGAUCCAGCAAGCACCUUACGAGUUCCUCCACAACAAAACUGGUUCUUCCAUCCGUGUGGAUAUCGGCUUGACUGAGCACCACUCAUCUGAGGAUAUUGUCAGAUUCCUGCUGGAGAAGACACCACAGUUAGAGGGUGGUCGGGCACUGGCAGCAGCUAUCGAGUCAACAGUGGAGCUGGUGUUUGAGAGGGCACCUCUUCAGCGUGACAGGAAAGUACUGAUGCUCUUUGUGACGGGAAGUGUGGAAGAAGAAGAGGAACAGCUGGUGCGCAUUGCCACUGAGGUCAAGUGCAGAGGCUUCUUCCUAGUCAUCCUGGGUGUGGGUGAGAAGUUGACUGCUGGAGAUGCUCGUGUCUUGUCACGCAUGGCCAGUGAGCCAUCAGAUGUCUUCUUCAAAAGGCUGGACAGCAUCUCACAGUUUUAUGACAAACACAUCCAGACCUUCAGCCAGCUAAUGCCAAAAUAUAUCAGCAUUGAAAAUGCUUUCUACAUGUCCCCUGAAGUCUCCAAAAACUGCAAGUGGUUCCAGAGUGACCAGCCACUGAAAAACCCCUUCACAUCACCAUCACAGCAACAGGAGAAGCAUCAGAAACAUCAUGAGAUUCAGCAAACGGUUCAUGAAAGAAAACAGAAAGAUGCAGAUGAGCUACAUGUCUCAAAUGUUACCUCCAGUAGCUUGAAAUUGCGUUGGAGCAUCCCAGACCCCAAACUCUUUGUCUACUUUGAGGUAGUGGUGACACGGUUACCUGACCAUGCCCUGGUACUGAAGACCAACGUCUCAGGCACUGAGCUUUCUGUUGACAACUUACAAAGCACUCAGACAUAUCAUGCUGUGGUCACUGCCCGCACUGCAGAGGGUCAAGUUGUCUCUACCCGCAAAGGCAUUGUCACUACAAAACCAGUAGAGCAUAAGCCAGUCAGCCAAAGCACCAGUCCUGUAAAUACCACACCACUGGACAAACCAGAAACUGUUAAUGAAUUGGCAGACCCAUGCUCACUUGACUAUGACCCUGGAAUGCCGUGCAAAGACUAUCAGGCUAAGUGGUUCUUUGACAGAAAGAACGGGAUCUGUACACAGUUCUGGUAUGGAGGUUGUGGAGGCAAUGAAAAUAGGUUCGACACUGAGACCCUCUGCUUGAAAAACUGCAUGAGGUCAGUGUCAGAGCCUCAGCCACAAGUGCAGCAGGGUGAACAGGUGGAGAUCCUCCCAGCUCCUGAAGCCUCUACAGCUGUAGACAUUUGCCAGCUACCCAAAGAAGAGGGCACUUGUGCCAAAUUUGUCCUCAAGUGGCACUAUGAUGCCCCCAGCAAGAGCUGUACACGUUUCUGGUAUGGAGGCUGCGGUGGAAACCAGAACCGCUUUGACACACAUGAGCAGUGUGUGAAGGCCUGUGGAAAACCAGCACCUGUCAAGCAAGGAGUUAUUGCUGCAAUAAGAACAUAGGACAAAAGUGCCAAACAUGGCCAACCUAUACCUCUGAAAAGAAGGGGAUUCUAAGAAGAACCAUCCAAAAUGGCCAUACUGUAAGGAUGCAAUACCAAAGCAAUGGUGGCUGCACUGGAUCCACAAAAAUGGACUUUAUACCCCAAAUUCUUGAAGUAGUUUUUUCACAACAAGAAGGAAGGCAACACAAUUUGCUGCAUGAUUUGUUUUAACCUACUGGUGCUACGUAGUAUGUUUUGUUUUACAGAUUGAGUUGUUAAGUGCAUUCAGUUUUGUAAAGUUACGUUUUCUGGAACAUCAUAUGAGUUUUCAUAUUUUUUAAAGUGCAGUUUUAUAAUUAAACGAGAAACAUAUAUGAAUAUCUUGGACAGUGAUUAGCAAUGAAUCAGUACAUGCAGGACUGGCAUUAUUCAGUGCAGUAAUCUUUUUUGUAUUGUUUUUUUUUUUUAACAUUCCACAUUCACCUAGCAACAUAGGCUUUUAUUGAUUUUAAACUCACUUGAUCCUUGUUGAACCAUUCCUUCACUAUUUUACAGUCACAUGUGUGUAUUUAAAUGACAGUGACCAACUGCUCACAUACAAAAACAUUUCUGUAACAUAAAGUGCACUUCUGGAGCCACUGCCUCGAAAACACAGUUCCAGCUAUUCAGAAAUGGAAUGUACUUGUCAAGCUGUUUUUACUUUGUUUCAUUUGGUUUUACUGAAAUUUGUGUUUCAUCUGGGUAUAGGGGAAAUAAAAAUGAAUUAGACUUUCUAAUAAA